CUAUAAAAAUUGAAAUAAAAAUCGAUUUUUUAAAAACAAAUUAAAAUAAUAAAAAUUUUGUUUAAUUUGGUGAAAAAAUUCUCGGUUUGACAUAAAAUUCCUGUCAUAUUUCCGGUUUUUCCCGGUUAGUAGACCAGUUAACAGUCAUUUUUCACUGAUUGGCCAAUUAAAAAGUUACUGGAAAUUUUAGUCACGAAUAUUUAAAAUUUCAGUUAUUUUUAAAAUUCGCCAAAAAUUAACAUAAUUUUAACAGAAAAUUAUUUUCCAGGUGUUUUCUCAUUUUUCCCUGACUAUUCCCUGACUUUUCCAUACAAAAUAAAAUUCCCUGACAUUUCCAGGUUUUCCAGGUUUCCAGACAUUGUAGCAACCCUGAUUUGGUAGUGGAAAGUGGGAUGGCUUUGGCGGAAAAUUAGAACGGAAUGAAACAAUGUACCAAUGUGCUCUUCGAGAAUUAAAAGAGGAAUGUGGUUUGACUUCCAAAAAUUUACGACAAAUUGGAAUUGUUGAGGUGGAAUUUGAAAAUGAUCCGGUUCUUUUAGAAGUUCAUGUUUUUGAUACUUUUGUAUUUGAAGGAAACAUUAUUGAUACAGAUGAAAUGCGACCGAAAUGGUUUAAUUUAUCCGAUAUACCUUAUCAAAGCAUGUGGCCAGAUAUGUUUCUGUGGUUCCCUUACAUGUUGAAAGAUAUUCCAUUUAAAGGUUAUUUUCUUUAUCGAGGAGAAAAUUUAAUACUCAAACAUAAAAUCGAAGAAGUGACAGAAUUUCCAUUGUGUAUUGAUUCUUGAUUAUGAGCAUAUGCAGUACAUCUGGAUUAUAAUAAAUUUAUGAUAUUUAUUUACAUUCAAUGUAAACACAGUUAAUUUUCUAUUUUCUACAUGUAUGAUGUAUAAAUCAGCCAGCUGGAAAUUUAGUAAAUUGCGAUUGUAAUUUGACCGAAUAAAAAUUUGAUGAAAAUUGUAUAUGGGUGAUUCUCCCGAAAUACUCCUUUUUGUGAGU